CACGACGUUCACGUCGUUGUAAGUUACCGUGUUCAUUUUGCUCUCUAAGUCCCUAUCAUGACCCUUCUACAUCUCUGCGUCGCCAUCGUCCCAUUCAUCUUCCUCGCCGUGGUCGGAAGUGUCGGCAUGUUGGUCGUGUUGCUGUUGGAUGCAUUCGAUUGUCUCAAUGCCUUUCUGAAGCUGGUCGAUGGACGACGUCAUGAGGAACGAGAUGAGAGCGUCCGGGCCUUGGUUGGCCAGACCGUUGAACAAACUCGUCGACACGUCUGGCAGUGCAGCAUCGUCAAGUUUCGUCUUUUCCUUUUCCAACUUUUGACGCUCUUCCAAGACAAACUUGAAGGCAUCUUCGGGCGUAUCAAACGUGUCCGAGAACUUCAUGAAUCGGUCGACGGACGACGACACGAGAUGGAGCCAUUGGUCACCCCCCAAUGAGUUGUGUCGCUGGAAGAGGGGGGUGCUGGCUGGAAGACCUGAACUCGACGGAGCCGGCAGCGCUCCAAAACCAGUUGGAGUGGCAGACUUGUCGAACAAAGGGUUGGUGUUGCUUGAACUCGAGGGGACCUUGGGAACCAAUGAGUUGGUUGGCGGCGAUAGGAACGAGGUCAGAGGUAGUGGUGGUGGAGCGGGGGCUCCUGGAGGCAAGAAAAGCGAUGAAGUGACUCCCGGUGGAGUGGACUUGCCGGUGGUACUUGGUCGCUGGAACAACCCAUUUGCAUCGGACGACGGCGGUGUUGGAGGCUGAAGCGGUGCGGUCCCGGGGGGUUCAAAUAGCCGAGAUGUGCUAGUUGUUGGUGCAAACAAAGGCAAUGGCGCUGCUGGUGCAGACGAGGGUUGUUGCUGCGGCAGGACUGGAUUUAACACUUGAAGCGGCGGAGCCAAAUGUGGGGUAAGCGAUGGCUUGGCUCCAAACAGAGGAUUCGGAGGGCUCGUCUUGGCGAAGAGCGGAUUGGGCCCUUCGAAAGAUGGGGGCGCCGGGUCGUCUAUGGCCAACUGCACUAUGGACGGCGUAAAGCCGGGAUUGGUCGUCAGCAUGGAGGGAUUGAAUGUCAGCUUAUCGUCCGAGUAGCACACUCCCACGAGGAACCUCCACACAGUGUCUUCGUCACUACCAGGGACAAUGGGGAUGUGGGUUGGUUUCCGCGUUGGGUAUGGUUCCUGGCGUGCGACCUUGUUGAUUUUGUUAGAAGUUUUCCGAGGGGGUCCCUUGAUCUUUGGUUUCUCCACACACGUAAUCUGACUCAACGCGGCAGGAUUACCACGCACAAAGUACGCGUGGUUGUACGUUUCUUGGUCCGACGCCGUUGGGUCUCGCUCGAAACCAUGGUUGAGCAGCUGCUGCCGGAAGGCCGUGAGCUUGCCGCGGUAGUACUUGAGCAGCACAUGGGAGUUCAAUCGGUCUUCAUCCCGGAUGGUGAAGUGCGUUCCAGACGGCUCCCAUCCAAUGAUAGAUGCAUCCUCCUCUUCUAGCAUACGAUACAGCUUCCUCACAAACCCAGUCGCGAUGGACGAAGCCAUGAUGAAGGUUGUCG